AUGGCCUCCUCCACACCCACACCUUCAGGCAGCUCCAACCCUUCACCUCGAUGGCCGAGGUCAGGCCCUGAACCCGGUUCAGCCUUUAAUGGCUUCAGUAGAGGCGGGAGGGGUCGUGGAGGUGGAAGAGGUGGAAGAGGUGGCGGCGGUAGACCAAAUACCGCAUCCCGCGACAACAAACCAACUGGCGAAACACGCCCGCCAAAUGGUGCUCCCCAAGAGAAGCCUGGCCCAACCCAGCCUUUGAAAAAUUUAGCUCCAUCCGCUGGCCCCUCCGCUGCUGAAAAACCCUCGAUUCCUAAUCCAACAAAGUCCAAACCUCCGUCAAGAAAGUCGUCUCAUAACGUUCCAUCCGUCGUUGUAGCUUCGCCUGGCGCCGACGUGCCUUCUGCACCUUCACCUAAACCGCGGGGGGAUAGAAGGAGACGUUCUCAGACGAGUAAAGGCAGCGGUCUGCACAGAAUCAACCCUCCUGCAGCUGAUGAUAAUCUCCUCCGGCCGAUGAGGCCCCGCCUUCCAACCGUCCCUCAUACCGCCCCGAUCAAAGACACCCCUCCUCAUCUGUCCAGUAAUAACUUCGAUAUGCGUAAUAAUAUUGACGCCCUCGUCGAACGUGUUCGAGCCGUGGCGCAGAAUAGGCCGUCAACUCCAGGAAGCCACAUUGAUUGGGCGGGCGAGGACGAUGAUAGCUUGCCUGAUCUGGAUGAUUGGGGCGUCUCCACCUCCACUCAUCCGGCCGAAAUGAUAUCUCCAAUCAUUGUCGAUGGUCUUCGGCCGCUACCCGAACCAUCCUCCAAGCCUCUGACGCCUCCCAUAUCUAGGUCCGAGGUCGUUUCCCCAUCUCAGUCGAUCUCGGAUCAUAAACCCGCAGAGAGUGAUUCUUACCCUGCGUCUACGCCAUUUACGCCGAUGGGCCUUGAGAGUAAGAGGUAUAGCACCUCAGUCCCCGAUCCUUCGCCCAAGGCAACGCCUCCCGCAAGGAGCGCUGACACGAUAAAAACCUCUCUCCAUCACUCCUUACCUCCUAAACCUGUCACAUCUGCCCCAAAUGCAAGAUCGGUCAGGAAUAACACACGUGGUCCCACAGUGCCAGCUCCGUCAACCAAGGAAGCCUCAGUGGUUGCCAAGCCAAUUGCAACGGCUCCAGAAAACUUGAAUGCAGGUUCCAAAGCGGAAUCAAGUGAGCCUCUUUUGAAAGAGGCGGUCGACGAAACCCCCACCACCACCACAAACAAUGUUCCCGACAUCAAGGCAGAUGAAGGUGUUGCAAAGUCUAUCCCCGCAUCUUCUUCAACAGAAGAUUCCUCAAUCGCUCGUGAAGACUCGGGCCUCGCCGCGUCCAUACACGCCCCUCAGGCGCUCGUCGACUCUCUAUCUGCCCCAGCAGGCCUGUCCUCAUACACUGAAACAUCACACGAAUCUCGAAUCUCAUCUUAUGGCCAUACGCGAGCUCACACCGUCGGUCGUCCCCCUUCUUUCCCUCGCUCCCCUCCGGGAGAGUACGUUUCCCGAUUUUCGCGUUCCGGACAAAAUACACCGCGCGGAGGAGGAGGAGGGGGAGGGGGGUAUCAGGAGAACAACAGUCAUUUCCGGACACAUUCUACGCCGCCUGCGGGUGCGAAUUAUCGGACGCCGCAUUCGAGGCCGGUUAUUACGGGCGACGCUAUUUCGAAGCUGGCGAGGACUAUUGGGACUUCUAAUGGGUCACCGUUGAAUCGGCCUAUCAUUACGGGGGAAGCUAUUUCAAGGCUGGCUCGAUCUAUUGAUGGUUCGAAACAGACGACCAUUGCGGCUUCUAAAGAGUAA